UUUUUGCAUCCAUUUUUGUGCAUUUAAGAAAUCUCCAAGAAUUAAGAAUCGAGAGAGUAGAGCAAGGACGAGAGAGGGGGAAGGAAGCAAGGAGAAGAAAAAAGGACAAGACACGUUUAUUCUGAAGAUGCAAAUAUCCUAUGGUGACAGCAAUGGGUUAGAAAGGAUUUGACAUGAUUUCAAAAUAAAAAGGCAAACAGCUGAUUUUAUAUUCCUCUGCAUAUGCAUGAAUGGAUGGAGAGACAGAAUUAUGAGUGGAAUACUUGCAGCCGGUGGGACUGAUUGCAAUUUAUACGCCACCCACAGGGUCUUUCUAUUCAUUUUUUCUUCCCUUUUAACGUCUCUGAGCCAGAAAUCGGGGUGUUUUGAAGAUCCAUUGUGUGAAUCUUACGAUCCAGCUGGCUUUUGGCCGUUGUCCUCCCGCUUGCUGUUGAUUACAGAAGGCGUCUCCUGUAUAGUAUUGAUGUGACCCAAAGGAGGCUUUUAUCAUUUAUCUUGCCUCUUUCUUUUGUGAAACACAAGGCGGGUUUUGAGGGUUAUUUUUUAUUGAGAACUGUAUACCUUCUUUUAUCCAAAGUCCCUGUUGUGUUGCAUUUUUGUUCCCUUUUUUUUUUACAUUAUAUUAAAGAUGUCUUCUCCAUACCAGUAUCAAAGUUUUUAAAUUGGCCAUUCCUCCUUUUACCAAUCUAGUAACUGGGUAAACUGAAUCUAUAUCUAUUUUUUUUUUCCUCAAUCAAGUCAGUUUGCUGCUGGUUGUUGAUCUUUUUAGCAACUAUAUCUAAACAUGUCUGCUCCACUUGGGCCCCGGGGCGGCCCUGCACCUCCUCCCCCUGCUGUCCUGCCAGAGGUGCCGGACCUCAGUCACCUUACCGAGGAGGAGAGAAAGAUCAUUCUCGCCGUCAUGGACCGACAGAAACAAGAAGAAGAAAAGGAGCAAUCCAUGCUGAAGGUCAAAGAAGAAACAAAACCUCAGCCGCCACAGUGGUUUCCCUUUAGUGGGAUCACUGAGCUGGUAAAUAACGUUCUUCAGCCCCAGCAAAACCCGCAAAAUGAAAAGGAGCCUGAGAAGAAAUUGCACCAGCAGUUUGAAAUGUAUAAGGAUCAAGUGAAGAAGAUGGGGGAAGAAGCACCAGAGGUGCAGGAGCAGAAGGGGGACACCCCCACCUGUGGGAUCUGCCACAAAACCAAGUUUGCUGACGGCUGCGGCCACCUCUGUUCAUAUUGCCAAACUAAAUUCUGUGCUCGUUGCGGAGGACGGGUGUCUCUGCGGUCAAAUAAGCAGGAAGACAAAGUGGUAAUGUGGGUAUGCAACUUGUGCCGAAAACAACAAGAAAUCCUCACAAAGUCAGGAGCCUGGUUCUACACUGUUGGUUCAAACACGCCCCAGCAGCUGGACCCCAGUGAACUCACAAGGGGGCCACGGAACGAAGAAGCACCUCAGGAGAAGAAGGCAAAACUGCAGGAUCCAUCCCAGUACCAGGGACCCUCAGGGGACAUUUCCACACCAGCGUCAGACAAAAACAGACCUCAAGGGCUCACACGGCAAGACUCAAUCAAAAACGGUUCUGGGCGGAUGCAUUCAGGUCCAGGUGCAGGCGACACUCCGAUUGACAGGAAAAGAAGCCCAUCAGCCUCCAGGGAUCCAAACCAAAAAUACGACCAAAGGGAGGAGCGGGGUGACCGUUCACAGUAUGCCCCGUCGGACAGCGGGAUGCCAAGGUCACCAUCAGACUACGGGGAGCGGGAGCAGCGGAGGCCGCAGCGGGGUUCACGGAUGUACGAAGAUGUGGACGCAGCGCGGGGGGAGUACCGGGAUCGGCGUAGUCGGCGGCUCUCGCAGGAGUACCCUCUAGAUGAGGACCUGGAUGGCCAGCUAAGCGAAUAUGAGAGGCAGCGGCAGCAGGAAGAGGAGUACCAGGCCCGCUACCGCAGCGACCCCAAUCUGGCCCGCUACCCAGUCAAGCCCCAGCCCUACGAGGAGCAGAUGCGCAUGCACGCCGAGGUGUCCCGUGCUCGGCAUGAGCGACGGCACAGUGACGUCUCGCUGGCUUACACAGAGCUGGAUGAACCCCAGGUGUCUGUGAUGCGAGGGGAACGCCAGUCUCGGCAGCGCUCCACCUCUGAGAGGCGGGCACCCAUGGAGAGCCAGCGCUCCUACUCCAUGGAGAGAACUCGAGAGGUUCAUGGCUCUGGCACCCACGACCGGCAAUGGACCUCCAAUCACAGCCCCCCUACCCCCCACCGGAGCCCCGUGCUGGGGGAGCAGCAAGGGGACAUGUGGCGGGGGGGAGGGGGGGACCCUAUGCGCAUGCAGCAGCAACAGCAGCAGCACCACUUGGAUCCCAGCUCAGCCGUGCGAAAGACCAAGCGCGAGAAGAUGGAGACCAUGUUGCGCAAUGACUCGCUCAGCUCCGACCAGUCCGAGUCCAUCCGGCCCCCGCCGCCAAAGCCACACAAAACGAAAAAGGGAGGCAAGAUGCGGCAGGUCUCGCUGAGCAGCUCUGAGGAGGAGCUGGCCACCACCCCAGAGUACACCAGCUGUGAUGACGUGGAGAUAGAGAGUGAGUCAGUCAGUGAGAAAGGGGACAGUCAAAGGGGAAAAAGAAAAACUAGUGAGCAGGCAGUUUUGUCGGACUCAAACAUCUUAUCUGAGAGACAAAAGAAAAUGGUGCGCUUUGGGGGCCAUUCUUUGGAAGAGGACUUGGAAUGGUCUGAGCCUCAGAUUAAAGACUCUGGGGUAGAUACUUGCAGUAGUACAACCCUUAACGAGGAGCAUAGCCAUAGUGAGAAGCACCCUGUAACAUGGCAACCAUCCAAAGAUGGAGAUCACCUAAUAGGGCGGAUUUUACUAAACAAGCGGCUAAAAGAUGGAAGUGUGCCAAGAGACUCUGGAGCAUUACUUGGGCUGAAGGUUGUUGGUGGAAAGAUGACUGAAUCUGGUAGACUUUGCGCAUUUAUUACAAAAGUAAAGAAAGGCAGUCUAGCUGAUACAGUUGGCCACCUCCGACCAGGUGAUCAGGUAUUAGAAUGGAAUGGGAGGCAUUUACAAGGAGCUACUUUUAAGGAAGUUUAUAAUAUAAUUCUGGAAUCUAAGCCAGAACCACAGGUGGAACUUGUAGUCUCAAGGCCCAUUGGAGACAUUCCCCGGAUACCAGACAGCACACAAGCACAACUGGAAUCAAGCUCAAGUUCUUUUGAAUCCCAGAAAAUGGAUCGUCCCUCUAUCUCAGUCACUUCUCCCAUGAGCCCUGGCAUGCUACGGGAUGCUCCCCAAUACCUGUCUGGACAACUCUCAAGCCAAAGCCUUAGUAGAAGAUCAGCGCCUUUUGUUCCUAGGGUUCAGAUAAAACUCUGGUAUGACAAGGUUGGUCACCAGCUGAUUGUCACAAUACUGGGAGCAAAAGACCUUCCUUCAACGGAAGAUGGGAGACCAAGAAACCCUUAUGUUAAAAUUUACUUCCUCCCAGACAGAAGUGUGAAUUAUUGUUCCUCCAGUGAUAAGAGCAAAAGAAGAACAAAAACAGUAAAGAAAACAUUAGAGCCCAAAUGGAACCAGACAUUUAUGUAUUCCCCGGUCCAUCGGCGGGAAUUCCGGGAGCGCAUGUUGGAGAUCACACUUUGGGACCAGGCACGGGUUCGAGAAGAAGAAAGUGAAUUUUUAGGAGAGAUUCUAAUAGAACUAGAGACAGCGUUGCUGGAUGACGAGCCUCACUGGUACAAACUUCAGACCCACGAUGUGUCCUCCAUGCCCCUUCCACACCCCUCACCAUACCUGCCACGCAGAGAGCUGCACGGGGAGAGUCCCACGCGGAGACUGCAAAAUAAAGGCCCAUAUUCAUACAACCCAGGAUCCCAGCGAAUCAGUGACAGUGAAAUAUCUGACUAUGACUGCGAUGAUGGAAUUGGAGUUGUAUCAGAUUACAGGCACAAUGGCAGAGACAUCCAGAGCUCCACGUUAUCAGUUCCCGAGCAGGUGAUGUCGUCCAAUCACUGUUCCCGCUCUGGGUCACCCAAUCGAGGGGACAGUAUGGGCAGGACACGGUCACGAUCCCCCAGUGUCCCUCCUCCGCAGAGCCGGAGCUUGGACCAACCAUCUCGAGGUUCCCACUCGUCUCCAUCGCAGUACAACACAGUCAGCCGAAUGGAUAAACAUCGCACGGACGACCACUACUCCCCAGACAGCCAGUAUCUCACUCUACCUCGGUCCAGACACAGUCAGCCCAUUGAGCAUCAUCACAAGGAACCCAGCAACAACCAUAUCAUGUACCCCAUCUGUGGUGAAGAUGCAGUCAGGUUACUACGUUCCCAUAAGAUGUGCCGUACAUAUUCUGAGGGUGCUUACAAUGAUCUUGAGAGGAGGAUUAUGCAGGAAAGGAGAGUGCCUAAACUGUAUGAUGACUCUGCCCAUUCCCCUGAAAGAUGGUACAAUGGCCCUAGUUCAUGGUCAAAUCAUGUAGUGAAUGGUACAUGUGAGGACUUCAGCAAUCUAAAAAUACCCAUAACCAGGUAUUGCGAAGCCCUGGAUAGACAUGAAAAUACAAGGUCCAGAUCCGCAGAUCAGCGCCCAGUGCUCGAGCGGACUAACUCCCGCUCCCGGUCCACCGAGCGCCCCGACUCUAACCUCAUGAGGUCGAUGCCAUCUUUAACAUCAGGAAGAUCUGCCCCUCCCUCACCUGCCUUAACGAGGUCGCACCCUCGUAGCGGAUCUGUCCAAACAAGCCCCACAAGUACCCCCUUGACUGGACGCAGAGGUCGACAGCUGCCACAGCUUCCACCAAAGGGGACGCUAGAAAGAAAAAGUGGAGACGAAGGAUUAGAGCCUUAUGAAGAAGUGACCUGGGAAGACCAGCAGAGAAAGGUGAAUGGUACGGUAGCUGAUGACAAGAUGAAACAGAAACACCAGUCUGAGCCAGAGGGGAAUGAAGCAGAGCCAGAGAAUGGGGAUGCAGGUGCUAUGGAUGUGGAGGAGAAAACUCGCCAAAUGAAACUGAAAAUGAACAAAUACAAACAGGUGGCAGGAUCGGACUCCAGGCUGGAACAGGACUGUCAAUCAAAGCAUCGGUCAGGUCGGGAUCCACAUAGAGGCUCUGAUAACAUGUCCACUAAGUCUUCGGACAGUGACGUGAGCGACGUGUCCGCUGUGUCGAGGACCAGUAGUGCUUCUCGGUUCAGCAGCACAAGCUACAUGUCUGUCCAGUCCGAGCGGCCUAGAGGAAACAAGAAGAUCAGUGACUUUACGUCCAAAAUGAAAAACAGGCAGAUGGGAGCCCCUGGAAAGAACAUGACGAAAAGCACCAGCAUCGGCGGCGACAUGUACAGCCUGGAGAAGAACGACGGCAGCCAGUCCGACACUGCAGUGGGCACCGUGGGCACCGGGGGCAAGAAGAGGCGCUCCAGCAUAGGUGCCAAAAUGGUGGCAAUCGUGGGGCUCUCACGAAAAAGCCGCAGUACCUCGCAACUCAGCCAAACAGAAGCUGGAGGGAAGAAACUGCGCAGUACCAUCCAGAGGAGUACGGAAACAGGCUUGGCAGUAGAAAUGAGAAAUCGGAUGACUCGGCAAGCCAGUCGAGAAUCAACCGAUGGAAGCAUGAACAGCUACAGCUCAGAGGGAAACCUCAUUUUCCCAGGUGUACGAUUGGCAUUAGACAGUCAGUUUAGUGAUUUUCUAGACGGCCUUGGUCCAGCACAGCUAGUUGGGCGCCAGACGCUGGCAACCCCUUCUAUGGGUGACAUCCAGAUCGGGAUGAUGGACAAAAAGGGACAGCUAGAGGUGGAAGUAAUCAGAGCCCGUGGCCUUGUUGGGAAACCAGGUUCAAAGGCACUGCCAGCUCCCUAUGCUAAGGUAUAUCUACUGGACAACGGAGUCUGUAUAGCCAAAAAGAAAACAAAAGUAGCAAGAAAAACUCUGGAUCCCCUCUACCAGCAGCAGCUGUCAUUUGAGGAAAGCCCAACUGGAAAAGUCCUACAAAUAAUUGUAUGGGGCGACUAUGGACGCAUGGACCAUAAAUCCUUUAUGGGAGCUGCACAGAUACUUUUAGAUGAGCUUGACCUGUCCAACAUGGUGAUUGGGUGGUUCAAGCUCUUUCCCCCUUCCUCAUUGGUGGACCCAACCUUGGCACCUCUGACUAGAAGAGCUUCCCAAUCAUCACUUGACAGUUCAACUGGACCUUAUGCUCGCUCAUAGCAGUCUGGAAACAAAGCGUUGUCAAAGCAUCCAGUGUCCAAGUUAAUAGUCUUAACAGGUCACAAGCCCUGGUUACACUGCAUGCUUAAUGUUGUGUCUUCUGAGCCCGUUUCUAGGGAAGUGGUCCUGUGUUUUCAGAGAAAGUCGCACACAUUGUGCGCCAAGAAGGCCCUCGGGGGUAAACAGGCGGAAGCUGUAAAGAACUUAUACACCUGGAGUUCAGUCCAAUCUGAAGCCAUGGAAAAAAAGAAAAAAAAACUGAGAACCAAUCAAUGAAUUCAAUAGAAGUCCUUUUUUUUAAUGUCAUAUGUUUCUUUUUGUUGUUGCACCCGAAUGAUUGGGUCACGUGAUUCUCCUGACCAGAAGCUUGGUUACGCCACGCCAAUAAAGCCAGCUAUGGAAGAAGCCUCUGAGGACAAGGACAAGGGGUUGGGAAAAUCUCUCACCCUCUACCCAAGAUAUGUAUCGUAAUCUUAACAGCAAUUCUGUCGCAAAAGACUAUUUUCUGAAUUAAUGGCAAUACAGAAGUGGCAACCAUUGAAGCUCUAGAAUCUUUACACCAGAACCCAAAACAAAAUGAACUUUGUGAUCUAAUAUAAUAAUUUCUCUGUUAAUAUAUUGUAUGAAAUAAAAUAAUGAAAAAAAAAAUGUUUUUGCAUGGACACAAAUUUAGCUGAACUUUAAAAAGAAAAAUGAAAAAAAAAACUAUUACAAAUUAUUUUCUUGAGGCUGCAACUUGCAAAAAAAAUUUAAAAAUAAACA